GCAGCAGCAGCACCAACCCGGGCUCUGCCGGUGACAGUACCAAACACACUCACCCUGGACAGGCAGCAGCGUCGGAUCAGCGGCGAAUCUACGGAGCUGCUGUGGACUGGAUGGGUCUGUGUGAAAAGGAGCAGCAACUACAGAAACAACUACAGAUAAAGAAGAGUAGACCUUUCUCUGGCUGCUUGUUGUUUUCAGAAAAGUUGUGCCCGCUUUGGAAAGGCGACCGGAUACACGCACAUUUACUGCUGGAGGAAACACUGCUGCACGGGCUGCUGAAAGAACAUCUUGGUUAAGGUCAGUGUACAGGAAGAGAGGGUCAAGACAGGAGCGAGGUCCUGGGAUGAGAGCUCUCUGCAAGUUCCCUGUCUCCCCCAGACCUCCAGGCGGAGUACGCUGGGCGACACUCUGAGAGUGUGUGGUGUGUCUGACGCCGUCGGGGUGCCAUGGCUCUGGUUCAGGCACUACCUGUGACCGUGACUGACCACCCCAAUCCAGGUCUUGACGUCCAGCCGUGCAGGCCGCUGUCAUCCCACUCCCCCUCUGGCCCCUGCCCUGGCCCCUGUGGGCCCUGCAGCUCCGGGACAGCCAUGGGUUCAGUCAGCAGCCUCAUAUCAGGCCGGACGUAUCAGGAGAGACACUGCCGGGCCGCCAGCGAAUUCAACACCAAGUCACGUCGCUCCACGCCGGCUACCAGCUGCUUCCGGCUCCAAGAUAACACCCUCCGCAGCGGGAGCUCCCUGGAGCAGCUGCUGGUUAUCAGCAACCAAACACUUCCUCAGGCCCAGGUUCUGCCUCCACCGCUACCCACCAAGAGGCAGCCCCGACCCGGGAACUCUGCUGGGGCAGGCAGUGGAACGGUUGCUGGAGCAGUAGGUGGUGGCACUAAUGGGAACUCUGGUUAUGUGAGUGAUGAGGUGGUGGUUGGAGACUGGAACGACAAUGUGGUGGUGGCAGCUGCCAGCCCCUGCAGUGAUUCGGAGGACCAAAGGGACAACAGGACUCUGAACGGCAACAUUGGAGGGCCUCCUCCCAAACUCAUCCCAGUGUCCGGACAGUUAGAGAAGAACAUGGAGAAAGUGCUGAUCCGUCCAACAGCGUUCAAACCCGUCGUUCCCAAGAAUCGUCACUCGGUGCAGUACUUGUCACCACGGCCAGCGGGCAGCAGUCUGUCAGAGAGCCAGGCUAGCCUCAACCUCCUGUUGCCCCUCGGGGGACCCAGCAGCUCCAGCGGCACGACCGGCAUCGGAGGGAGCAGCAGUUCUAGCUCUGAUGGGAAGCGCAACUCCUACAGCGGAGGUCGCAAUGCUCGGAGCAGCCAGUCCUGCUCCAUGUCAGAUUCAGGAAGGAACUCCCUCUCCAGCCUCCCUACUCACAGCAGCACAGGCUACAGUCUGGCCCCCAGUGAGGGCUCCAGCUCUGGGUCUGGCUCCGGGGGCCAGCUGGAGCCCGCGCAAAGCCUGGGCCGAAACACUUCAGGUGGAACUGGGAGCCAUGGCCACACUAACUCAGACAGUGGACGUUCCUCAUCCAGCAAGAGCACAGGCUCUGGGUCGCUAAGUGGGCGCGGGCAGCCCCUGUCGGACAGCGGGUCCUGUGGCCACUCGCCGCCACCGGUGGAGGGCUAUGAGGCGGUUGUGAGGGAGCUUGAGGAGAAGCUGAGGGAACGAGACCUGGAGCUCCAGCAGCUCCGGGAAAAUCUGGAUGAGAAUGAAGCUGCAAUCUGCCAGGUGUAUGAGGAGAAGCAGCGUCGCUGUGAAAGAGAGAUGGAGGAGCUGAGACAGAGCUGUGCAACAAAGAUGAAGCAGGCUUCUCAGAAGGCCCAGAGGGCACAGCAGGUGCUACAGUUACAGGUAUUCCAACUACAGCAAGAGAAAAAGAAGCUGCAGGAGGACUUCUCCUCUCUGCUACAGGACAGAGAGACAUUGGAAAGGAGGUGUGCCACCAUCCAGAGGGAGCAGACCCAGCUGGGACCACGUCUGGAAGAGACAAAGUGGGAGGUGUGUCAGAAGUCAGGAGAGAUCUCCCUCCUGAAGCAGCAGCUGAAGGAGAUCCAGUCGGAGCUCAGCCAGAAGGCUGGGGACAUCGUGGUGCUGAAGGCCCAGCUGAGAGAAGCCCGUUCUGAACUGCAAGCCAGCCAGGCUCGAUCCCAGGAGGCCGGGGUGGCCCUGCGGACGCGAUCUCUAGAGCUAGAGGUCUGCGAGAACGAACUCCAGAGGCGCAAGAGCGAAGCUGAGCUGCUCCGGGAGAAAGUGGGCCGCUUGGAAGAGGAGUCAUCCCGCCUCCGGGACACUCUGUCCAAUCACAACGGACACUCUUUACCUGGGAAUCUAACCAUGAAGGGGCAAUGCAUGAGCCUCUCCAUCCAACAGGGCAGAGGUGUGGUGGGGAGGGGCGGUCCCAGUCCGUCUUUGUACCGGGAUGCAGAGGAGACUCAUCUGGUCUGGGGAGGAGAGAGUGAUGAAGCCAAGGCUCAGAGGCAGAAUGCAGAAGCAGUGUUGGGACUCAGACAACAGGUGGACAGGCUGAAGGCUGAACUCAUGUACGAGAGGCGGACUAGUGAGGAGCAACUGUCACGGUUUGAGGAUGAGAGGAGGGUGUGGCAGGAGGAGAAGGAAAAGGUAAUCCGCUACCAAAAGCAGCUGCAGCAGAACUACAUCCAGAUGUACCGUCGAAACCGGGACCUUGAGCGAGUGAUGAGGGAGCUGAGUCUGGAGCUGGAGAACAGGGACAUGGAGGACUAUGAGGUUCACAGUGGUAGCAAUGACAUCCACUUUGAGGAAAUUACCGCCACUGAGAUCUAAAAACACACACACACACACACACACACACACACACACACACACACACACACACAC